GCAAAACGUAGCGCUGGCUGACCGGCUGGAUCGCUGGAGUUGUGUGUUUAAUCGGAAUUGCGGGACGAUAAAGCAGUGACCCGCGGCUGUGGGAUAUUGUGUGAAUAGCGCAAUAACAACAUUUGAAGGAUUUGCACUUGAAAACCAGGGGGCUGCUUCAGACUGUAAGAGGAGGAUGGGGAAAAAAAAGCAGAAAAAAGGCCAGGGCAGCCGCCUAGAAGUGAUAUUUGAUGAGGAGAAGAGAAGGGAAUACCUGACUGGUUUUCACAAGCGUAAGAUGCAGAGGAGAAAAACUGCCGUGGAGGAAAUCAAGCGCAAGAUUAAAGAAGAACAGAAAAAGAUGAAAGAGGAGAGGCAUAAAGAAUACAUGAAAAUGUUAAAGGAGAGAGAGGAAGCGCUGUGUGAGUUGGAGGAAAAUGAUGAGCUUGAAGAGAUGGUGACGUCUAAGACUGAAUCCGUUCGGUAUGAUCACCCAAACCACACUGUAACAGUGACGACUAUCAGUGACCUGGACCUUUCUGGCAUUCGGGUGCCGCCUUUGGGUAAUGCAGAGCAGAAGCAGGAAGAAGAGAAGGUGGAGGAAGAAAAUGAAAAGGGGGCAGAUGAGGAAAAGCCCAAAACUUCAGUAUCCCUUCCCAAAAAGUCUGGAGAUCCAUUUCUAUCCAAAAAGAUUUGCUCCCUCACUGCAAGCUUACAUGCUCGUAGUCAGCGCAAGUCUGGAAAACGUCCCUCACGGACUAAUGAGAACAAGAAACAAACAACGAGUAAAAUGUCAGGACGUACCAGCAAGACUCAGAGGAGAAAACAAACUGGGAAAACCAGAAGACGCCGAAACUAAAGUUCUUUAUUGUGCAUACUUAUGUGUUUUUAUGGUUUGUUGCUAUGGAAGAAGCACCCCAACCUACACUCUUACUUGAGAUUUGUUGUGUGCCAAACACCUAACAACCUAACCUUAGGGAGGACUUUAAUCCCAAGGCAGCUAUAUUUUGACUGCAAAGUCUCAUCCAAAGAACAUUUUGAUACAUAUUUUUAUGGCAUAUUUUUAUUUUUAAUCAACAUUUUGACACUGAUAAAGUACGUAUUUGUUCUGUUGGAAUCCCGAGGUAAGACUGGAAUUGCACUCAAUCGGUGCCAUUUGUAUUGGGAGAGGUUAUUUAUUGGCAACCAAUGGCCUCUCUUGUAUACAAAUCCCAUUGUACUGCAGCAUGCACUCAGCACCGGGGAGGUGUGGCUUCUGCUUUAAAAGGUUCCCAGCAGCUUUCAUUGAAAAGAGAAGCUGACCCCAGUAUGAUGAUGCAGGUAAGACAGAGAGCAGUGAGGUGUGUGUCCUACCGGUAUUACAUAUUGCCAUAGAAAGUCAUUUAAGGCAACGUCUAGUUAUAGUGUCAUCUUUUAAAGGUAUAUACAGGCAAAGCUAUAUCGCAUGCACCUCACUCACCAUACACCUUAUUCAUUCAAACGGGUCCCACGCAACUGGGUUUAACCUAAGGGAAGGUUUGUGGCAUUUAAAAAAAUAACUUAUUUCUUGCUCAGUCGUUGUAUCUUAAAUUGUAGAACAGUGCUUCAGGUGCUCCAUGGAUGAGGGCUCCUAUUGUAUAUGGCACAGGCUGCUGUGUACUGUCUCCAGACUUUUAAAGGAAUUGUUCAGUGUAGAAAUUAAAAACUGGGCAAAAUAAAAAAUGUUUCUAAUAUAGUUAGUUAGGCAAAAAUGUAAUGUAUAAAGGCUGGAGUGAUUUGAUGUAUAACAUGUCAGUCAGAACACUACUUCCUGCUUUUCAGCUCUCUUGGUUUACACUGACUGGUUACCAGGCAGUAACCAAUCAGUGACAUGAGGGGGGCCACAUGGGUCAUACCUGUUUCAUUUGAAUCUGAGCUGAAUGCUGAGGAUCAAUUACAAACUCACUGAACAGAAAUGUACCAUGUGGCCCCCCUUCAAGUCGCUGACUAACUCAGAGUUAUAGAGCUGAAAAGCAGGAAGUUGGAUUCUGGCUGUUUUAUUAGACAUCUGUUCACUCCAGCCUUUAUAUAUUACAUGUUUGGCUAACUAACUAUAUUAGAAACAUUUUUUAUUUUGCACAGCCUAUCUAUUUACCUAUUUUAUUUUCACACUGAACUAUUCAUUUAAAACAAAAUGUUGCAGAGGAUGUAGCAAAGUGAAAGCUUUCAUUGUGUUUUGCUUUUUUGUAGAUUCCAAUAUUUUGCAUUCUAAUACCAAUUGCAUUUUACAACUGCAAACCAUGCUGCCUGCAGCAGAGCUGAAAGGGUUAGAUACAGAUGCCUCUUACCGCCGAAAUAUAUUUUGUAAGAUCUUGCACCUUUGUUAUGCAAACAACAAAUGCGGUAGAACUAUUUGCAGCAUAAAAAAGAUCUCUAGUGGAAUAAUUGCUGAAGACACUGAUUAUUUGCCCUUCCAACACAUUUUUUCAGUUCUUGGUUCUCCAGAAAUAAAGACUUUGUUUCAAUUA